AACUUUUUUAUAAAAGUUUUUUACUAUAAUUUAUUUUAAAAAUAAAUAAUACAGAAUGUCAUAUAGUUAUCUAUUCAAAUUCAUACUUAUUGGUGAUACAGGUAUUUAAAAAGUAUUAAUUGUUUAGGAGUUGGAAAAUCGUGUCUUUUACUCUAGUUCAUUGACAAAAGAUUUAGAUAGAAACAUGAGGUCACUAUCGGUGUAGAAUUCGGUGCAAAAUUAAUUGAAUUAGAUGGAUUAAAUAUAAAAUUAUAGAUUUGGGAUACAGUAUUAUUAUUAAAGUAUUUUAGGCUGGUCAAGAAUCCUUUAGAUCAAUAACUAGAUCAUAUUAUAGAUCUGCAGCAGGUGCUAUAGUAGUUUAUGAUAUUACAAAAAGAGAGAGUUAUGAAAAUGUGGCUAGAUGGAUGGAAGAAGUGAAAUAAAAUGGAAAUCCUAAAUUAUCUAUGCUUUUAGUUGGAAAUAAAGGUGAUUUAGAAUCAGAGUAAUUAUAUAAUGUAUUUUAAGACGUUAAAUUUCUUAUAAUGAAGCAUAAUAGUUUGCAAAAGAAUGUGGAAUAGAGUUUUUUGAAACUAGUGCUAAAACAGCAAAUAAUGUAGAUGAAAUCUUUGUUAAGAUGGCUUAAAUUAUUUUAGAAAAAAUUAAUCUAGGAUAAAUUGAUGCCAAAAAUGAAAACUUUGGAAUUAAAUUAGGUAGUGAAUAAACAAAUUAUAAUCAUGGAAAUUAAAAUAUCACUAAUUUAGAAUAACAACAAGAUUAUUAACCUUAUGAAGAAAAGAAAAAAAAUAAUAUGUGUUGUUGA